AUGGAUAAAAAUACUACCGUUUCUGGCCCAUAUCAUCAGUCCAAUGGGGUCGCGGGGAUUUUAUACGGGGAGUUCACGGACAACAUUAACCCGAAGGUCAGAUAUGCGGUGAGCCUUACGGACUGUGCCCUCACAGUUCAAAAGAUCAGCUCCUCACCUGGGCAGGACAAGAUGGUAUUUAACCUGAGUGAUUGUAUUGGAUGCCAUGCUUCCACAGCAGUUGACAGCGCGGAUACGGGUGCUUACUUCACCGUUUAUUUCUACCCUUACAAACGGAGAUGGAUGAGCUCAGUACUGGCCCGGCAGAGGGUCGAGCAGUGUUUUCGGGUCGCGCUAGUCCAAGACGCUCGAGCGAACCUGGAGGAGGCGGAGAGAUGGGCUCGCGCUGUCAGGGAGGCUUCUGCUCGAAAUCUGCCAAGACGAGAUGGUGUGUUGUAUGAUGUGUGUCGUCCCUGUGGAAUCAUGCUGCUGUUGAACCCGUCCAGUGGGCGUGGCCAGGCCAUGUCUCUAUUCUCCACCCAUAUCCAGCGCAUGCUCACAGAGGCUGCGGUCCCACACACAUUGCUCAUCACUGAUCAUCAAAAUCACGCACGGGAGCUGGUGCGGAAUGCGGAUCUUUCCCAGUGGAAUGCUCUAAUCAUUCUGUCAGGAGAUGGUCUCCUUUUUGAGGUGGUGAACGGUUUGAUGGAGAGAGAGGACUGGGAGGAGGCCAUUCAAAUACCGUUAGGAAUCUUGCCUGGGGGGUCUGGAAAUGCACUGGCUGCAUCCAUACAUCAUUACACCGGGGCAGCAGCGGUGUGGGGAGAAGACCUGCUGGUUAGCUGCGGUUUCAUGUUAUGUAAAGGCCUGGUGUCAAGGCUGGAUCUGGUCUCCGUGCAUCUGGCAUCUGGCAACCGUGUCUUCUCCUUCCUGUCAGUGGCCUGGGGGUUUGUGGCUGACGUGGACAUUGAGAGUGAGAAGUACCGACACGUGGGCGCGGUGCGGUUUAUGGUUGGAACGCUGGUGCGGCUGGCUUCCCUGAGGAUCUAUCAGGGCAGGCUGGCAUUCCUCCCUGCCUCAGACGACAAAGAGCUGUCAGCUCCUUCUCCUCCAUCCUCCCCACUGCUCUCCUCCUUCACGUUUUGCUCCCCUGUUUCCUGUCACACUGCUGCAGACCAGCCACUUGUCCGACAGAAUCAGAACCCCCUCCAAAAUGGAUCUCCGGUCCAGAACUCGUCCAGUAACGCUGUCGUGCCCGCGCGGGCCGACCCAAAUGAACCUACCAAACAUGGGCCAGUGGACAGUCUCCUGGUGCCCCUAAGUGAACCAGUGCCGCAGAACUGGACUGUGGUGGAAAGGCAGGAUUUUGUCCUGGUUUUGGCCAUGUACCAGUCUCACCUUGCGGAGGACCUGUUGACCGCGCCUGAGGCCAAGGCAGAGGAAGGGUGCAUUCACCUGUUCUAUGUUCUGGAGGGCAUCUCACGCGCGGCUCUUCUGCGGCUGUUUCUGGCCAUGGAGAAAGGGGGCCACCUGGCAUACGAGUGCCCCCACCUACAGUACCGUAAGGUGCAAGCCUUCCGUUUGGAGCCAAGGACCCCUCAGGGAGUGAUCACUGUGGAUGGGGAACAGGUAGAGUAUGGACCAGUUCAGGCCCAGAUCCAUAAAGGACUGGCCAGGCUUGUCACUGGAUGA